CAUAGCAGACAGGACUCCAGCUCUCACCCACUGACUGGACAGCAUGGCCCCUUCUAGUCCUAGCAUGGUGCCGGCUGAUGGCAAUGGGCACAGUGCACAAGGGAUGAGGAAGCUCAGGAAGCCAGUGAUUGAGAAGAUGAGGAGAGAUCGGAUUAACAGCAGCAUUGAGCAGCUCAGGAUGUUACUGGAGAAAGAGUUUCACAAACAGCAUCUUCCAUCCAAACCAGAGAAAGCGGAUAUUCUGGAGAUGACAGUGACCUUAUUGCAGCAGCACCUGGCUGGGAAAACUGCUCCAUCAUCCAGCCAGAGCUACACAGAAGGUUACUCCAAGUGUCUCCAGGUCUCUGAGGGCUUCCUAUCCCAGCACAGACAGACAGAGACCCAGGUGAAGCUGCUGCAGAACAUCCAUUGGACACUUCCAGAAGGGGAAUUAUCUUCUAAAGUUACUUUUAGCCAGACCACAAGCAAACCCAAAGUACCAGAGACCAGCAAAGCCAUCUGGAGACCCUGGUAGCUACUCUAUGGACUGAAUUGGAACUAGAAGCCUGUAUUCUAUUUAAUAGUCACCCAGUUACACACCUUUACCUGGGAUGACCUGUUAGAGACAAUAUAGUCCUAGCAGACAUGAGAUGAUAGCCCUCAUCACCAUGUGCCUGCCCAAGUAACAUGGGCAAUGUGCUACUGGUGGAUUGUAAUAAAUAUGUAUUUGUUAAGGAUGAUUGGAAAGAAUAUGUAAUAUUCUACAUGGCUAGUGUUAUAUCAUAUAAUGAUAGUGUAAGCAUGUUACUAAUGCUAUUAGCCAGGUAUGUUUUAUAUUAAAACAACAGCUCA